UCGGCCGCAUUGGAGCUUUUGAUUUAUGGCAAAAUGCGUAGGUUCAGCUAGUGAAUGUUAUGCUAACAAACAUCUCUAGCCCAAUAUGCUCGCCGCCCAGCAAAUCGCCAUGCAGCAGCAACAGAUACAGAUGGGUCAGCAAGGAGGCAACCCGAACCAGCACCCGAUGACGCCGCAACACCUCAAUCUCCAACAGGCCCAAAUGGCCGCCAUUCAGCAGGCUCAACACUCACAACAUGCCCAGCAGCAGCAGCAGCAACAGCAGCAGCAGGCUCAGCAGCAGGCCCAGCAGCAACAGCAUGCCCAACACCAAGCGGCACAACAAGCAGCGCAGGCUCAACAGGCUCAGCAAGCUCAGCAGGCUCAGCAAGCUCAGCAGGCUCAGCAGGCCCAGCAACAAGGGCCAGGGCAGCAACAGCAACCACAGCCGCAACCUCCCCAGCAGCAACCUACUCCCGGCCAACAACAACAGCAACAACCGCCGGGCUCCCAACCCGGACAACCUGGGCAGUCCGGACCCGGAGCGAAUACACCUGCACCGCCGACUCCUGGUCCUCAAAACCACACACCGCAACCGAAUCCGCAACAGCAACCACAACAGCCACCACCCCAACAACAACAACAACCACAACCACAACAGCAGCAGCAGCAGCAGCAGCAGCAGCAACAACAACAACAACAGCAGCAGCAGCAGCAGCAGCAGGCCCAGCCGCAACAGCAGCAGCCUCAGACUGUGCCGCAAACCCCUCAAACUACGCAACCACAACACCAGGCUCAGUUGGUCGCCCAGAUGCAGGCACAAGCGCAGGCACAGGCGCAGGCACAACAACACCAUGCUGCACAAGCACAGAGACGGGAUCCGCCCAUGAACUUAAAGGGCAUGUGUUUGCUGAAGCUGAUGCAAUUUAGCGAGCACCUCAGUGGGUUUUCGGGACUCAAGGGCCGGGACGACCUGGAGUACUGGAACGGCUUCGUCAGGCGGUUCUUCUCGCACAAAGGCGCCUUUAAGCAUUCGAUUCUCAUCAGAGAUAACGAGGAUCAAGUCCAGCAGAAGCACUACGAGAUUGCGUAUCCCGCGAUUGCCCGGUAUUUCCACACCCAUUUUGACAGCGGGGUCAAGUCAAUGCAGUUGGUCAUGGACAAGGGGACGACAGACAGGACGAUGCCCAACGACUGCCACAUGAUAUGGAACGACAAGGCGAGCCUCAUCUAUUGGUUUGACGACGGCGCACAUCUUGUUGCAACUGGCACCCUCCGUGUUUACUUCGACAGUGAGCACAAGUUCGACAUCUUCGAGUUUGAGACGACGGGCCACGAGGAGUAUGUGUCGAGGCGAUUGGUGAUUCAAGCCGCCAGACCGUCGCACAAUUGGGUUAAAGAGUGGCACAGUCUCAACGUGCAGGAUCCCAAGCAGUCUCCUGAGAUGAGCAAGAAGAGCAAACCAAAGGCGGCCAAGGCCCCUCCCGGCCCUCCCCCCGAUAUUGAGCUCCCUCACUCCAUGGUCAAGAGGGGUAUGGGGAUCACGGAGGCUGUGUAUCAGUUUCUUGAGGUACCAUCGAUGGUCGAGAUCAUGGGCCAGAUGAACCCGCUGUUCGGUUACUAUCAUGCCCACCCUGGACUGGCCCCGUAUGCCGCACUCGAUCAGUAUCUCAGCCAGGUCAACGCCUCCGCUCAAGUCAUGAACGGCCAGCCCAUGCCACAGGGCGGGCCGAGGACUCCCGGAUUCGGUCAAUUCCAGGUUGGCGCCAGCCCUGCUAUGGCCAACCAAAUGCUGCCAGGCUCUCCUCAUAUGGUCGGCAGCCCGGUUCCGGUACCGAUGUCGGCACCGAUGAUGCAGCUCCAGGCGAGUCAGCAGGGCACCAGUUCCAGUGGACCGAGUGCAAACACGUCGCCGGCACAGAACAAUAAAAGGCGAAGGCCGUCAACAGUGAAGGCUGAAGAGGAUGCGCCCGCGUCAGCACCGACGCCGGUACCUAUCGGAACUCCGCAGCUGAACGGGGUACAGAUUAAGGGGAAGCAGCCUCCAACUCCCCGCAUGACGAAACGGCACAAGACUGGGAACAAUCCGGUAUAACACGGAAUUUUCCGGCUGUCUCACGGAUCGGAGAUUUCUCUCCGAGAAGUCGAUAUCGAUAUCACACAAACUCUCCUGACAUACCUAUCAUGUCUGCGGUUGCGUCUAGACGAGGCUGGAUUAACCCGGUACCGGAUUUGACACGACACGUUGACUCUUGG